AUGGAUGACGAGGUCUUCGAACACGAAAUCCGGGUGGGCUGGGGCGACUGCGAUCCGGCGCGGAUUGCCUAUACCGGCAAGCUGCCCAUGUUCGCGCUCGAGGCCAUCGAAGCCUGGUGGGAACACCAUUUGGGCGGCGGCUGGUACCAGAUGGAGCUCGACCGCGGCGUCGGAACGCCCUUCGUCCAUAUGAGCCUGAACUUCCGGUCGCCGGUCACGCCGCGCCACCGGCUCAAGUGCAAGGUCCGGCCGACGCGGCUGGGCGAAACGUCGAUCGCCUUCAGGGUCGAGGCAUUCCAGGACGGCACAUUGUCGUUCGAGGGCGAUUUCGUGUGCGUGUUCGCCGUGCCCAUCGAAUUGAAGAAGACCCCGCCGCCCGACGAUAUCCGGGCCAUUGUCGAGGAGCGGAUCCGCGCCGGCGCCAAUGCUGCGGCCGGGCAGUAA